GAAGAAGACUCGGAGCGUCUCAGCGCAGCGUUCGCUGCAGUUGUGAACCUGAUGAAUCAGGCCAGCCGGGAGUGCGAGAAGUACUAUAGCUUCAGGGCAGCCUGUAGAUGCAAAGAGCAUGAGAUCAAACACAUCUGCAGGUAUCAUGGCAGGCAAGCAGGGGAAAGAGAGCUGGAGACCUCUGAAGAAGAGAGGACUGAAGACUCUGUAGCACCCAGUGAAGCUCAAACUUGCCAGCAACAUACCAGACAAGUUUCCAAAGACAUCUACAUUGAAGUUUCUCCUGGCAUCUAUUCUGUCACAGCAACCUCAGAGGACAUGGUGCAACAAACCCACGUGGUGGAUAUCAACGCAGGCCAAAGUAUUGAUUUAACUUUUGUUCUAUGA